AUGAGUCAGCAUCCGCUCUUAAGUGAAGCAGAAGUAAUUGAGGAUGAAAGUAUCCAAAUGCCUCCGCCAAGAAGGAGAUCUCCACGUGCUGUUAUGAGAAAACCUAAGCCGCCAACCACUUUAAUUGAUGAGUUUCUUGACGAGUAUUCCCAAAUACGGCAUGUAUUCUUUCCUAAAAUAGAGACGGCCAUAGAUACCAUGAUGUGUGCUGAAAGCGACAAAUUUUACUAUUACCCAGGGAGAACAUGGCUUGACACUGAAGGAAAUCCGAUUCAGGCCCAUGGGGGUGGUAUUGUGUAUGACGAGAGGUCGAGUAAGUACUAUUGGUAUGGGGAAUAUAAAGAUGGACCCACUUACCAAGCUCACAAAAAUGGAUACUCACGGGAAGUUUUACUCUUUACUUGUGGAGUUUAG